GGUGCUGGCCUGGCAACUGAGGUGGAAGAAUCUUGGAGAGAAACUGAUUGAAAAGUGGUUCAAUGCUAACAAUCUUAAAUGCAAGAUCUUAUUUGAAGAUGUGCAGAGAUUAGAAGUUUGCUAAUAUUCAGUCCGUUCUGAAGGGAAAUUCCUUGGGCGACUGUGUGACUCGGGAGUUAAAAGCAGCCUAAUACCAGCUGGUAAAGAAGAGCCCUCGAGAGUAGCUGUGUACACAGGGUUUAAAACUUUAUUAUUAUGUGUGAGAGAAUCUUGACUAAAAUAGAAGUGUUUAAAAAUGGAAACAACAGGAAUUCUGCAGAUGCUGGAAAUUCAAGCAACACACAUCAAAGUUGCUGGUGAACACAGCAGGCCAAGCAUCAUCUAUAGGAAGAGGUGCAGUCGACGUUUCAGGCCGAGACCCUUCGUCAGGACUAACUGAAGGAAGAGUUGAAAUCACUAGGGUACGGCAAUCUAAAUGAUCUGGUCAAGCUUGGCAGCAAGUCACAAAUAGCUCUCAGACUGGGACGACUUCUGUGGUGGUUACUACAAGUUUGGUAGGAAGGUCCUCCAGCUUUCAAGGGGACUUCUAGAGUGGGAGCACAAGGUUAAGUUUGUUUACAACUUAGCCAGAGGUGCAGAGCUGAAAAGUGGUCUAUGGUGGGAGCAGUAUUUUUUACCUCUAGUGUCAUACUUUGCACUGUAAGAAGAGACCUGAUGAUUGUCGUCAUUGGUGGAAUUGCAGUUUCCAUCAUAGCUUUCUUCUUUACUGUGAAGUUUAUUUACGAGCUCGUGGCACGGGUAAUUAAUUUUCUUCAAAAUGACAACAGAGGAAGGCAGGGGAACCGUACCAUUUACGACUAUGUCCGUGGGAACUACCUGGAUCCAAGGUCAUGCCUAGUUACCUGGGAUUGGAAGGACCCUCAGGAAGUAGGGCGUAUCUUGACCUUCAGAGUACAUUUGUUCUACAAGAAUGGGCAGCCAUUCCCGGCACAACGCCCAGUGGGCUUACGGAUUCAGAUCUCGCACAUGGAACUUGGGAUAGAUGUCCCUGUCACACAGGAAGUCCUUCAGGCACAGAAUAAUAAUGUGGUGAAGGUGAGCUUCACCGUGAGGAAAGCAGGAAGGUAUGAAGUCAUUGUCAAACUUGGAGGACUGAAUGUUGCCUACAGCCCAUACUACAAAACAUUUCAACCUGGAAUAGUGUUUCCAGCAAAAACAAAAAUCCUUUACCACUUCUCCACUCUGGUUCUAACAAAUGGGCAAGAAUACACAUUGCAGAUUGCCCCUCGUGAUGAGUAUGAUAAUCCAACAAGCAAUGCAUUGGCCAUUGAUGACCAAGAUAAUUAUAAAGUGCAAAUAAAAGAGCUUGGCGCUCAUGAAAAUGAAGAUUCUGAUAUUUUAUUUAACAAAACCAUUUCUUCAAAUAAGACUACGUGCCUGGUUUUUCUUAACCUGACCUUGUGGAAAAGAGGUUGCUUUCGGGUAUCUGUUAUGUACUGGGAUCAAUUGAUUGGUAACGGCGAGUUUGACAUCAUCAUCCUUAGUGAACAUGAGAAGAAUGUUGUAGAAAGGAAUGUAUCAACUCCAGGUAGCAGUGUUUAUUUUGAGGCAUACUUGUAUAGCACAACAAAUUAUGCUCACUCACAGUGGCAAUCAUCACCAGUUGCACAUGCCUCUGCGAGCCGACACCAGUCGACCACCAUGGAUGAGGAAGAUGAUGAUAAAGAUGGGGAUCAGGAAAAUCAGACAACCGAAAAAGUGAAGAAACCCAAAAAGGUUUACUGUUACAUAUCAUCAAAGCAAUUCUCGGUGAAGGAAUUUUACCUGAAAAUCAUUCCAUGGAGACUUUUCACUUUCAGAGUAUGUCCGGGAACAAAGUUUUACUACCAUGGUCUCGACCCAGUGCACAAGUUCCUAACAUUAGUUGUGGAUGAUGGGAUACAGCCUCCUGUGGAACUUAGUUGCAAAGACAGAAACAUCAUGGCAGCAACAUUUAUCCGUUUCUUGCAUAACAACAUUGGGGGUUCUGAAACCUUCCAAGAUAAAGUGAAUUUCUUUCAGCGGGAACUCCGUCAGAUCCAUGUGAAACGACCACAUACAAAGAUUAUACUUAAAGUCAGCCGUCAUAAUCUCCUUGAGUCGUCCAUGAAAGCCACAAGAAAUUUCUCAGCCUCUGAUUGGAGCAAGAAUUUUGAGGUUAUUUUUCAGGAUGAGGAAGCACUGGAUUGGGGUGGACCACGCAGGGAAUGGUUUGAUUUGACCUGUAAAGCUCUCUUUGACACAAGUAGUACCCUGUUCAUGCACUUCAGUGACAAUAACCAGGGACUAGUGCACCCAAACCCAGAACGACCAUCUCAUCUCCGACCAAAGUUGUAUGAGUUUGCAGGGAAAGUAGUUGGGAAGUGCUUGUAUGAAUCAUCCUUAGGUGGGGCUUACAAACAGCUGGUUUGUGCUCGGUUUACCCGUUCCUUCUUGGCACAAAUUAUUGGACUCCGGAUGCAUUAUAAGUAUUUCGCAACGGAUGAUCCAGAAUUCUACAAGAGUAAAGUUUGUUAUAUUUUGAACAACGAUGUGAGUGAAAUGGAUCUCGUUUUUGCUGAGGAAAAAUACAACAAGUCAGGACAGUUGGAAAAGGUUAUAGAGCUGAUAGCUGGGGGUGCGCAGGUACCAGUAACCAACGACAACAAGAUAUUCUACUUGAACAUGCUUGCACAAUACAGACUAGCCACUCAGGUGCGCCAAGAAGUGGAGUGUUUCCUUAAAGGCUUGAAUGAGUUAAUUCCUGAAAAUCUCUUGGCCAUUUUUGACGAAAAUGAGUUGGAGCUAUUGAUGUGUGGGACUGGAAAUAUCAAUGUACCUGAUUUCAAGACUCAUGCUGUAAUUGUUGGAGGGUCCUGGCAUUUCCGAGAGAAGGUAAUGAAGUGGUUCUGGACAGUGGUGUCCAGUUUCACUCAAGAGGAACUUGCUCGGUUGUUGCAGUUCACAACGGGCUCUUCCCAGCUGCCGCCAGGAGGAUUUGUGGCAAUGUGCCCGUCUUUUCAGAUCAUUGCAGCACCAACGCAGAGUUCCUUGCCCACAGCCCAUACAUGCUUUAACCAGUUGUGCCUUCCAACUUACGAUUCCUAUGAAGAGCUGCAUAAAAUGCUAAAACUGGCCAUUAAUGAAGGCAGUGAAGGGUUUGGAAUGCUGUAAUUCUGAAGUUUUUAAGGACACAAUGAUCUAUCCAUUGGAAGAUAGUAUAGGAACCAGGAUCAGGACAGUUAAAAGAUUGAAGAUCACUGUGGAUUCUCCCUAUCUGCCAAAUGGACAUGGAUUGAGCAACGAUUCUCUAUUAUUGUAACUUGAGUCUUCAGUCACUGGGCAAACAGGUUUGAAAGUUGUGGAGAAGUCGAUACGGUACAGUUAAUGUUUUCCAAAUGACUUGGCAAGCAACUAGGUGGACAAGUGCUCAGUUCCAAAAUAGAAACAGAAGUUUCACAAUCUGUGGUCGAAGUGAUCCUUCUGCAUUCAUCUAAUUUACCAAUGGCUUAAUCUGGGAGAUCCUUUGAAGAUUCUAUCAUCUGACUGGAAGUAAGAGGAGUACUCUGAAUGCUCUGUCACUAAGCUCUUUGUUAAAUGGCUUCUGUGGCAUACAACAUUCCGUGUCCACCUCCGGAUUCAAGAAAUCUGAUGGCCUUGUGAUGGAAUGAAACACUUGACUAUGAAGGAAACUGCAAAUUCUAUCUCCCAAAUUCUCCCAUUGACUGAGCUUUCAUCAAACUGUUGGCCUUUUCUUUAUGACCGAGCUUUACAACCAACCUCACAAACUUCUGAAUACUGCACAUUUUCUGAGUUGUUGUUAUUGAUCCACGAGGUUAAUAUUAGCCAAACAGGGAUUUCGGCCAAACACAGGGUCAUGAGUAAGAAAUAACUGUUUAGAAGCAAUGUUUUAUUCAAGUCUCCAGAUAUUCAAGUACAUUGUUAAAAUAAUUCUGUUAAAUGAAAUGGAAGGACAAUGAGUUGAUUAGUAAUGAAGAGGUGGAAGGACUUGCAUGUAUUCAGCGGAUAUUUGUAAAUAGAAUACUGCACAUUAUUCACAAAAAGUUCCAGAGAUCUCAAUGCAACCUAAGCAAGCCUCCUUCCCUGCACCAUCACAUUUCACAAUUCUAUAUCAAAUUCUCUAAAAGAUCAUGUUAGGAACAUUGUUAUGAGGACCUCUUUAGAAAGAAGUAAUUGUAUAAUGUAGUUGAGAUGCAUGUUGUAUCAGGUUGUGGUAUAUUACAGAUAAUUUGAAUGGUAAGUUAGUAAAUUAUUAUUAAGUGUAAGCAAAUGUGUUUGAAGACAGGUUUCCUGCAAAGUUGAAGAGCAACUAGGCUGCAUUGAUCCAGCUUUACUUAAAAUUACAGGGACAUUGUAAAGUGAAAAGAAGACAGAAUAUCUUUGACUUCAGUUAGAGAACAGCUGCUGGGUAUAAAAUCAGAAAUAGAAUGAAAGGUGUGUUCAAAAUAGUGUUCCUUGUCCUUUAUCUAACUCAACCUUUUUCUGUUGUCUCUCGUGUCAUACAAUAUAUCAGGAAGCAGGAAGCACAGCAGUUCUGUUUAUCGUUAAUUUUCUCUCUCACAUUUACACAAAAUGAAAUCUUGCCUUGCUGUCCUUAACGUUCCUCCACUGUGUUUGUCCAGGUCUCGGUAUAGAUUAGAUAUGAAGGGAUGCAACGUACAUGAUCAAGAAAAAAAAAUAUGAGAAUGAUUUUAAUACUAUUAAUUUAUUACAAAUAAAGGCAGUACUUUGUAAACUCUUUCUCACAAUUGCCUUAACAUUAACUAGUGAUCUUGGAGUUCUAAGGUUACAAAAAUCAUCGUUUCACUUGCAGAACAUAGUCCCUUGUAAACAAAGAGGAAUUUUACAUUUUCUAAAAUUACAUCCAAAGUAUAUGGCACAAAAUACUUAUUCCUACUGACAUUCUAUUUUUCUCUUUUAAUUUCUCCCCUCUUCUUAUUUUUAACUUUUAAUCAUGCUUUUCCUCUUUGUUUUUCUAUCUCAGAGUCACAGAAAAGUACAGCAUGGAAACAGGCCCUUUGGCUUGUCUAGUCCAUGCAGAACCAUUUAAACUGUCUAUUCCCAUCAUCCUGCACCAGGUCCAUCACCCACCAUACCCCUACAAUCCACGUAACUAUCUUUUUUGCUGUCUCUUUCCCUUUCUCUGCUUUUUCACUUUCUGGUACCUGUUGUGUGUGCCUCUGUGUCCCUAUCAUCCUUCUUUCAGUCCAGCUCACAACUCCACUUCUUCUGUUUCAUAAUUGUUUUUUUAUUCUCCUUUGCAAUCAUUCUCGUCGUUUAUCAUUCAUCUGCACACAUGCAAUCUCGAUCCCCACUGAACACUCAGUCACACAAUGCUUCUCAAUCCAUGGCUGAAACCCAAUCUCUUAUUCUCUUGUGCACCCUCUUACGGUCUUGCUUCCUCACAUGUUCUCCCCAUAUCAUGUGCUCCAACUGUUUCGCUCUUCCCUUGUCUUUUGCCUCUUUGCUCUCCUGACAUUAACCCUGGUGCUAGCUUACCACUUUGCCACUUUCAGAUGGCUGCUCUUUGGCAUCACAUGCCCUCCUGCUUUCACUCCUCUCUCCAUCACUGCACCCUGCCUUGCACAGCUACUUCUUCCAUUUCCCUCAUGGCACCCAGCCUGGGUGAUGGAUUUCUGAAAUCUGAGGCUGCUCCUAGAACAAUUUAUUAUUUGUGUUUUUUUUUUGCUGGAAUGUUACUCACUUGUGUUCGAACAGUUUUUAUCAGUUCACAAUCUGAAUCUGUCUCAUAUUUACCUGACAAUACUGCUGAGUUGCUUUACAAAUAUAAAUUGUUCUUUUUUUAAAACUCACUUUACAAUGUAAGGAAACAAUUUUAUUUCCUAAGUUCUUUUCCCCGUCAGUACAGCUUGCCUUACAGUAAACAUUUCAAUUGGCUGACCAAUGACCUUACAACAAUAGCGCUCAAAGUUCAGAGAUGUUCUGCACUACUGAGCUGGGAAUGGCUUCUCCGUUUGUGAGAGUUCCUCUAUCCCAGGUGAUAACACCAGCAAUUUAUAACUUCAAAUGACAUAUUCUGAUGAAGAAUUCUGCCCUGCAUUUGUAAUUAUGAUUGUCACUAGCCAGAAUUUCAAAUUCAGUUCUCCAAUACGCUAUCCUAUACCCAGAACUGGUGCCUUUUUUAAAAAAAAACUAGUUUUGCAAAUUUGAAAAUUAUUCUGACCUGCACUCUGGUGUCAAAAAUAAUGGGAUGAGAGCAAUUUUCUUUUGACAGUACAUUCCACCAGAAGUAGAGUGUUGGUAUAAAACCGUUUUGCAGUAGAGAUUGAUUCCAAAGAUAAUGUGAGGAGUUCUGUUCCCCACAAGAAAUCUGUGCAUGUUUUGUUUCGGCAUCAGAUUCACUUCUGAAUUUAGGCCGCAUGUACGUUUGUAGCUUGGAUAUAAUUUUUGGAUGUAAUUCUCACAAGGAACCAUCUAAAGCUAUGGAAUCUUUUCCCCUGGAAUUGAGACCCAGAAACAAUCAAGCAGGAUAGCACAUCUUUAUGUUCAUCAUGCACUGGUGAAGGGUCAAGGUACAAAUUGUUAUUUUAAGAUGGAAAACAUUGUAUUCAAUUCAACACUGACUAGACUGCUUACUUUUAUAGAUCUCUGUUCAUUCCAAUCAAUGAAGUCUGUCUGCCAUCUUUCUCUUUGACAGUGCUGUGUGUUUUCAGUAUUAAACUCUGUUUCAGUUGAUAUGUUAAUUAUAACAAUCAUAAACUUAAGUUAUGUGAAAAUCAAUUCAAAUCUAAUUAUGUUCUCAUGUAAAUCAGGAUUUUCUUUUUAAUUAAGUCUAAUGAAGUGAUGCAUUGCAAAUCCAAACAGGAGAGCAGCAAGAUGUUUAAUAACUUAUAAACAGGAUGUAACUGUAUUCUUUAAAGAAAAUAAUUUAUCUUUUGGUGAUAUUAUAUUGCAUUUUCUUAAAAUUUAUAAGAAGUUAUAUUAAUAGUUGUGCAUUUGCACAGUGAUUUGAAAUACUUUAUUAGACUAGGGGACGGUGGGAAUCAUCAUUAGUUUAUUGAUGCUGUUUCACUAGUUGAGAUGUUUUGGGGUUUUAAUUUUCUUGUUUAUAAGAUGAUUGUGAAGAAGACUGUCAGUGGGAGAGAUUCAAGUGAAGACUAUGAGGAGGUGGGGGGAGGGAGGUAAAUUAAUUUUCUUGUGCCAUGACAAGUUUAAUGGAAGUGAAUUAUCAUAAGGAGAUGAGUACUUUUGAAGAAAAGGUUUACGAAAUAUAUUGGAAGGGAGUCCUCUGCAAUACUUUGAGUGACUUUAUUGACAGCAAUGGUGUGGAGUGUUGAGAGUAUUGUAUGAAUAUAGCAGGAGAUUUUCUUUUCAGAGCUGUCAUAGCAUUGAUUAUAUGGUGAAUUUGUCUUGAGUAAUGGAAAAAGAAAAAUGAGGAGUAAUCGCAUUGAACAGUAGGCAUACCUCUUCACAUUUUUCUCUGGCAAUUCAAAAACAUCAGUUACUUAGCACCAUUCUCCAGUUACUCAGCAAAUACAUUUACUAUGAUAGGAUACUUAGAGAACUCAAGUGUAUUGCUGCCAGAUGAAAUUCACGCACAUUACAAAGCUGAACAAAGUCGGGAUUUUAAGUUGGCAGAUUUGAUAAAAAUGGUUAUUUUUAUUUUCUUUUAGCUUUCAUUUUUGAAGCUGAAGAAGUAGUGUGUUUCUGUGCUGACAGCUAUAAAAUUAAUUUCGAAAGUGCACAAAAACAAGUUGUCUUAUGAUAGGAGACUGCAUGGGAUUCUUUUAGAAAAUCACAGUUUGUUAGCUUCAGUACCACUAUUCAAGUAGAAAGUAUGUCAGUGUGGAGCCCUUUGUUGUAUAAUGAGAAAUGCAGGUGUAGAAACAGAAAUUAAAGUAUUGGCUCUGCCAGUAGGUUGAACAAGAGCGUAAAGUGUCAGAAUGUAUAUUUUGAAAAUUGGAAGUUUAAGCAGUUCCAUUUUCUAAUUCUUAUGAAGGGCUUGGGUUUAAGUCGUUAAUUUGACCUUUCUCUUUGUUGUGACAAUGGACAUGCUCUAUACAGUGUAUUUCUUUUAUUAAAUGUAUUUUGUUUAACAUUUCAUGUUGUUUGACUAUUGUAAGGAAUAUAGAAGUCUACUCUUUUAAUCUACCACAUUCAUGGCAGCUGUAGGUGGAUGACAGCGAUGUAAGGUGUGUCAGCUAGCCAUUACUGAUCCUGAUAUCCUCUUUUAAGAAACAGAUUAAAAUCAGUAUGUUUUAAUUUUCAAGAUGAGCCUGAGUUUUGCUGCAAACAAGGCAAAAUCUUGGUUGUUGCAGUUCUGAGCAUUGGCAAGAGGUCACACUCUGCAGGGAUUCCCACCCUGUAUCUUGGGAGCAAUUUAAUAACGGAAGGCGUUGAAGUUUAUGAAAAUACAUUUAAUUCCCUCCUAGUCCCCUUCUAAUACUGGAGUUUUGUGAGUCAUCUGUAGUCAUUCCAGUGCAUUAUUACAAUCAGCCUAUAACAUAUGACAUAGUGGAUUUCAUGAGUAGUGUGUAAAGGAGUUGAUAAAAGAGGACUGCGGCAAGAACUACCAUGGUUCGUGGGGGCGGGGGGGGGCGCGCCAUAGUAGCAUAGCGGCUCGUGCAAUCCUAUUAUGUUGGAGCUCGAAGUUCAAUUCCGCCACUGUAAGGAGUUUGUACGUUCUGCUCCUGAUCACAUGAGUUUCCUCUGGGUACACUGAUUUCCUCCCGCAGUCCAAAGAUGUACCAGUUAGUAAGUUAUUUGGUCAUUGUCAGUUGUUCUGUGAUUAGAUUAGUGUUAAUUAGGUAUGCUGCUAGGCUGCACGGCUUGAAGAGUCGGAAGGGCCUGUUCUGCACUGUAUCUCUAAAUAAAAUAAAAUAAAUAUUAUACUACCUGCAAAGCUCUAAUAUUUAUUGCUCCUCAGUUGGUACAGAGGUGAUAUUGGAGAAUAUAUGAAAUAAAUGGAAGAACCAGAACUUUGCUUACACUGGAUCACGUAUUGCCCCCUUUUAGUAUAUUGAUGAAUGUUCUCACCAUAACAUUAGUACUGGCAUACCAGGACGAUUUUAAUAUUGUAACAUUACAUAGUGUUUGAUUGUGAUCUGAAUGUUAUUUAUUUAUAAAAGAUAAGUACAAAUACUUUUAUAUUCUGACAAAAGUGCUUGAUGCUAUGGAUACACGAGUUUUUUUCUGAAUAUUUAUACUGUUUAUGAUUAAAAUGGGUGAAUGAAUAUGUUAUUUCUUAUUGUUGGAGUCUUUCUAGAGAUCGAAACUUAGUAACUGAAGAAAGUAUCCCUUAUCUCUUAAUUCAAAACAGUUUGAGACUUCAGGGGCACUCAUAACUUAAUAUUCAAAUAUAUACAUGUGUUACAUCGUUAUACAGACUGAAGCCACUUGGCCCAUUGAAAUGAGACUGGUCAAAAAUGGAGUUACUUGGGUUAUUCCUAUUUCCCAGAUCCCAGUAAGUAGCUCUGUGGGUCUUGAUUCUUCAAAUCAUCUAGGUCUGUUUUUCAUGUGAUGAAGGUUUCUACCUCAUCACCCUUUCAGGCAAGAGGUUCCAGACCCUUGUAACUUUUUGGGUGAAAUUUCAUCAGCUGAAUAGAGAGGAUUUAUGGAUAUGUUUUUUUUCCCUAAGGCUGAGAGGAAUGAACACCAGAAAAAACUAUCAAGGAUUAUAAAAGGAGCAAAUAAGAAGCAAUAUUUCAAGCUUAGUUGGUUGACGUUUUGUUGUCUGUAAUGGUACCAAAAGACAGAACUUUUUAUAUCAAUUAAUGAUUAUAAAGUUUAUGAUUGAGUGCAAACCCUGAACAUAUAAUGGAGCCUUGGAUAACUGCAGUAAAAUUCCUGUAAUAGGGCAACUGUUUGUUCAGAUAUUCGGAUUUUUGUACCAUCUUGCUCACUUGUUGGUCCAGAAUAUGAGCUGGAUCCACAGCACAAAUAAGGAGUGCAGCCAGGACUGAAGUCUGGAUGCUGGGCUGGGCCUCGGGGUCCUGAACACAAAAGGAUCAGGAACACAAAUAAGUUUGCAACCAGUGUCUAAAGUGCUUUAUACUGUAUUUACUGCUGUUUUCUGUCUGUAAAAUUUAUUUGUUUCCAGAAUUUGGGUAAUGCCAGAUAGUGAUUAUUUCCCAAUCUCGAUUGUUUCUGAAAUGAGUGGCUCUUCAGACUAUUUAAGAAAUCAAUCAAGAUUUAAUCAGAGGUCAUGGGCCAGAUACAGGUAAAUUGCAAAUUUCCUUCCCUAAAGAACAUAAAUGAACUCAAUAGUUUCUUUUUUAUUGUGGGUUAGUAGUUUCUUGCUCAUUAUAAUAGCUUCUUGUUCCAAAAUUGUUUAGUUAAUUGAAUUUAAAUUGACCAGCUGUAAUGUAUCUCUUACUCAAAGUCUUAUUUCCAGCACAAUCAUGUUGGACUCUGAAUACUAGCCUAGUAACUUAACCAGAAUAUUUCUGUACACCCCAUUUACAGCUAAUGGAGAGAUAUAACAUUGGUUAAUUCAUAGCAUUACAAUGCAACACCAUUUGAGUUAAGCUCCUUUUUAAAGAAGGAAAACUUUGAUUAAAAACUUGGUGGUUUUCUUUUUUCAGCAUGCAUGUUGAGUUAUAUCCAAAAUUACCUUGGGAUAUAAUGGGGUUAAUAUAGUUUCUGUCACUUGGUUCCUCAAAAAUAGAAAGCUAAUUUAACUUCAUAAUGUUUUUUGGAGCUUUUUUCCCCCCUGAAGAUUUAUAUGUUGGUAGAUGUCAAGCAUUAAAUGAAGUGUUAAAGGAGGCUAUUCAGUUUUAUUGGAAGAACCAUCCAUUUCUCAGUUGCAGCAUUCCCUGUUGCCCUCCAAGUUCUUCCCAUUACGCUGUUGUUAAAUCUUGAGGCAACCCAAUGUAACUUGAAGUGAACUGCAGAAUUUACUCUUGUAUUAAUAAGCCCAAACAUCCAUAAAAAAAAACUAGAAAAAAAGUAAUGAAUAACUACUUACACUUUAUCAUUGCUACAAUUGUCAUUAUGAAAAACAUUUACGAUAGACUCCUUUCAGAAGCUGAUGAGUAGAGAGUGUAUGCUGAAUAAUAUUAAGUGGACUGAUAUUUUAAGAAAAAAUACUGUUUUUACAAAAACUUGUUGUUAAUUAUGUUGCAAGAAUGAUGAGUAAAUUUUAAUAAAGGGAUUUG